GAAAAGAAGACAUCUAAACAGAAAGUUUACCCUGAUUCUGUUUACCUACACCAACCCCUUGGGGAGUGUAUCUGGUUUGAUUCUUCAUCAUCAUGAAUCCUGCCCGACUUCACAUUUUAAUACAUCGAGACCAUAUGAAAGACCUCCGAAGGUACCUGGUGUUCAAAUACAUCCAAUAUCUAGUCUUACCUUCUCCAAAUGCCAUCAUGACCCUAUUGGGAUUGCUCGCUAGUCUGUAUGUCAUGCUGAUACUGACAUUUCCUUCUGUAUCCAGAAAAUCCACUGUGGUGUUUAUUAGUAACAUAGCUCAGGCAGACAUCUUAGUUGGCUGCAACAUUUUUUCUACCAUCACAGCAGGAGUGACAAAUAGUGACACAUCUUUAGCUUCUUUUCAAUCUGCCUUGAGGCAGAACUUCCAAAUUGCAAAUGUUCAUGCCAGUUCCCUUUUACUCAGCUGUGUUAGCCUAGAGGCUUUUCUGAUUACUUUUCUUCCAGUACAGACUCGCCACAUAAGGAAUGUUAGAUGUGCCAGAGUAGCUUCUAAGAUCAUCUGGGCUGCUGUAAUUAUUGAGUGUUUCCUUUAUCAGCUUGAGUGCAUUGAAGGCUUUAACGUUUCUUAUCUUGGCAUUCAUAGGCACGCUCAGCUAUUAGUGAAUUUCUGUUAUGACACCACAGCAUUGCUGAAAUUACUUGUUUACCCGACUGGAGUCCUUUUAAGAAUCUUCAAUGUUUAUCUUUUUUAUAAAAUUUAUUUC